ACUGUCGGACCUGCUCUUCUCUAGCCAGCGGGGUCAGGAAGUGAACUUUGUUCCUACUUUGACAACAACUCGUGUUGGGGACAACGUUGAACCUCUCAAGUGUAUUUGGUCGCUCCUUCCUGCCUCCUCAAGAGUUCAGGCUCUGAGAAGACGACAGCCAUGAAGUGGGGCUGGGUGUUUUUGGGGGUCUUCCUCUCGUUGGGGGCCCUGUCCUGGGCCGAGAAAGGCUUGGAAUCCCCAGAGUACGACGGCAAAGACCGGGUCCACAACCUCAACACCAAGAACUACAAGUCCAUCAUGAAGAAGUACGACGUGAUGGUGAUCUACUACCACAAAAAUGUGGACGGGAACCGCAGCGCCCUGAAGCAGCUCCAGAUCGAGAAGCUGGCUCUGGAGCUCGCAGCUCAAGUCCUGGACGAGCUUGAUGAUGAGGACAUUGGAUUCGGCCUGGUGGAUGAAAAGAAAGACUCUGCUGUUGCUAAGAAGCUGGGUCUGGAAGAGGUUGAGAGCAUCUACAUCUUUGCAGACAAUGAGAUCAUCGAGUACGACGGAGAAUUGGCCGCUGACACACUGGUGGAGUUCAUCUAUGACGUGAUUGAAGACCCAGUGGAGAUUAUUGGCAACGAGCGGGAGCUGAAGGGCUUCUUCAACUUGGACGAGGUCAUCAGACUGGUCGGAUAUUUCAAGAGCCAAAGAUCUGUUCACUUCAUGGAGUUCGACGAUGCUGCUGAGGAGUUCCACCCCUUUGUCAAAUUCUAUGCCACGUUUGACAAUAAGAUUGCGAGGAAGCUGAAGCUGAAGCUCAACGAAGUUGAUUUCUACGAGCCGUUCAUGGAGGAACCCGACACCAUUCCAGGAAAGCCCUACAUCGAGUCUGAGCUCGUCGACUACAUCGAACAACACGACAGGCCCACACUGAGAAAACUUGAACCUCACAGCAUGUAUGAGAUCUGGGAGGAUGACAUUAAUGGAGAACACAUUGUUGCCUUUGCUGAGGAAGAUGACCCUGAUGGUUUUGAAUUCCUGGAGAUCCUGAAGGAAGUGGCACGUGAAAACACUGAUAACCCAAACCUCAGCAUCAUCUGGAUCGACCCUGAUAAUUUCCCCCUGCUGGUUCCUUACUGGGAGAAGACUUUCCGCAUCGACCUCUCUACUCCUCAGAUUGGUGUUGUUGAUGUUGAGGAUGCCGACAGUGUGUGGAUGGAAAUGGACGACCCGGACGACAUGCCCUCAGCUGAUGAGCUGGAGCAGUGGAUCGAAGACGUUCUGUCCGGAAAGAUUGACCCAGAUAAUGAUGACGAGGACGACGAUGAUGAUGAUGAUGAUGAUGAUGAUGAUGAUGAUGAUGAUGAUGGCGAUGAUGAUGACGAUGAUGCGCGAUGAUGAUGACGUGACGAAGAUGAUGAUGAUGAUGAUGACGAGCGACGAUGAUGACGAAUAAAUUUUGACCACCAUUUUUUUUACAUCAUACUUUAGCCAGUUACGGCAAAAUAUAAGCAGUACCAGAUUUCUUUUUUGUGACAUCUCGCAAGCAAACACGCCGUGUCUGGUUGCCUUCUGUACGUUUUCCGACGCGGGACAAGCACUGUGGCCCUAUGGGAAAUUUUCUAUUGUCAGUUAGAGAAGACGAUUUUCAAAGAAGCGGAGGAGAAGAAAGAAACACUGUUGACGACCAGCUCUGACGUUCGCGAUGAAUACGAGCAAAGAGGCAAACAAAAGCUAACGUCACAUGCAGCCCAGAGGUUAACCCUCUGUCAUUUUUCUCUUUCAAUGACAUGUUUUCUACUUGAAGAAGAGAAGAAACAAGCAAAGAAGAAUAGAAAUCGAAACUCACUGGACAGUCUUAAAAAUACUGGAGAAAGCCGCCAUAAAUGUCCAGAUAAUAAAACAACACAAUCUGA